CGGAAGUGAGGCUGUGGGCUGUUGACGCGCUGAGGAUAUGGGCAGGAAAUGCCAUUCAAAGCGAGCAGAAGCGUGAUCGCUUCUCCGGCUCCUCGGCGCACUUGCACAAUCGACGUACCUCCGAAAAUGCGCCUGGCUUGACGCCGCUGCCGCCAGCGUCCAGGGAGCGGCCACUCUCCCGCGGGGUCGCGCGCUCGGUGUGAUUCUCUCUUGCGAGUCCGGGCGAGGAGGCAGCCUUCCCGGCCUGCUCGCCUCGAAGGCUUCGUCGAGGGACACAAAAAGGAGGUAUUUGGCUAUUUCCUCUUUCUCUCCAUUUGGCCAUGAGGGAAUACAAAGUGGUUGUUUUGGGCUCGGGCGGAGUCGGGAAAUCGGCUCUGACCGUCCAGUUCGUGACGGGCUCCUUCAUCGAGAAGUACGACCCCACCAUCGAAGACUUCUACCGGAAGGAGAUUGAGGUGGACUCGUCCCCGUCCGUGUUGGAGAUCCUGGACACGGCCGGCACCGAGCAGUUUGCCUCCAUGCGGGAUCUGUACAUCAAGAACGGACAGGGCUUCAUCCUGGUCUACAGUCUGGUCAACCAGCAGAGCUUCCAGGAUAUCAAGCCCAUGAGGGACCAGAUCAUCCGGGUGAAGCGGUACGAGAGGGUGCCCAUGAUCCUGGUGGGCAACAAGGUGGACCUGGAGGCCGAGAGAGAGGUUUCUUCUGGGGAAGGCAAGGCGCUGGCCCAGGACUGGAACUGCCCCUUUAUGGAGACAUCGGCCAAAAACAAAGGCUCUGUGGAUGAACUGUUUGCAGAAAUUGUCAGACAGAUGAACUACUCCACUGUUCCUGCAGGAGGUGACCAGUGUUGUUCUUGUGUUUUGCUCUAAAAACAAAACAAAACAAAACACACAAUCAGAUAGUUGUGCUUUUUAAAUCAUGCCUUUUUACUUUUCAAGUAUCUCUACUCACACUGUUGUCUUAUGGUUUCGCACAAAUGGACGAAAAUCAGCGUUGAGGCUUCGCACAAGUGGAUGAAAAUCGGCGAUGCGUAAUGGUAAAGGUUACAAAGGGUGCACAAUAUUUUGGAAAUAUUAGUGGAAGCGUUCAAUCGAUCAUUUCAUCGAAAGGCUUUUUUUCCCCUUUUGUUUUAAAUAUCAUCGCCCUCGUAAAAUAACAGCCAAAGUCAUAUUUUGACAAAUAAAUAUUGUUUUGCUUUAAACAUCUCAUCAAGCUGGCCUCCUGCUAAAAUCGGCUACAUCUUUUGGUGAAACAGAACGUUCAAUUUUACCCCAGAACUGAAAUUAUUAGUAAAUAUAAUAUCAAGAGAAUUUAGUUCCGAUUUUCAUUUUUUCUGAAAAGACUGAAAACAUGACUUCGGCCAUUACAUAAGGAAAAUAAUGAACAUAUAUUUUUUUUUCAGGCAGACAUACAUUUUAUAGCAGCAUUUUUUUGUCAAAUAUAAUUGUUAUGGUUGUUUUUUUUUUUUGUUUGUUUGUUUUUUUUUAAAUAACCCCCAAUGCGUUUCAGUGGGUGUCACUGAUGUGCGGAUUUCCGCUAUUUGUGGCCCGACGGGUUCCUAUCACUGUAAAUCGGAUCCCGUAUGUGUGUGCAUUACAGUUCCUUACAUGCUCCUCAAAUUUUUGCUGGCAACACAAAGCAGAAAAAAAAAACGGAGCAAGUCUCAUAUUGUCGAGAUCACAAGUUGAAAAAAAUUAAAAAUCACGCUACUUGAAAUGUGGAUUAUGCUCAAAAUGUUUUCCUUAACUAGUGUGGCCACCCCACGAUCAUCUGCAAACAGUGAAAAUCCGCAAAUGAUGGACGCUGACUGAUAAUAGCCAUGAUUUUUUAUUUUUUUUUUUAUUUUGCGGAAUAUUGAAAAUCCCUAUUAAGAGCCAACCUUUUAAGGUUUCUUCAUUCUUUCCAUU